CGAGAGAAAAAAAGGAGAAGAAGAAAUGCGCCAAAAAUCCGCACGGAGGCGCUGGAGAGCCUCCGUCCCGGCGAGCUCUGCUGCAGUGUUCGAACGCGAUGCUCGGCGUCCAGACGCUACAGCCGCCGCUAUCCCAAAACUCUUAGUGCAAGUGAACAUCUUCUGAUCUCAACUGAAAGUAGCUUUAGUGAAAGUUGAACCUGCUGGACUUUUCUUACGGUUUUUUUAGUGUUUCGUCGGUACGUGAUCUCUAGGUGACUGUCAUUCCUGAUUUAUGGACUUUUUACUUGGAAAUCACUAACUUAAAUGUGCCCAGGAAAGCAGAAUUUUCGGUGUGUGCCCUUUACACCAACCUAAGACAGUGGCGGCGCAGGUUGCAACGAGUGGAGUGCGGUUGCGGCAGCCUGCAGCAACGCCUCAGUCGCAGCAGCAGCCAGAGACAACGAUAAAAAAGAAGAAGAAGCCAACUUCUAAAAAGACCCUGGCGAGGGCAUCGGAAGAGGAAUGCACGCCCAUGUGCAGUCUGACAGAAAUGAGUGGCGAUUGCCGCCCGACGAUACGCUGCAAGUCGGCGAGCCAAAAACGAAGAAGUCCGAGGUAGGUGACGAAGAGGAGCUAGCACUUCAUGAAGAUGAGGGACAUAACUGGUGGUCUAUUAUCUUUUCUCUACUGGUAAUCGGCCUAGUUAUUUCUGGAAUAGUCGGCGCCAUCUUCAUCGUGGGGUACGUGGAUGAACUGCUGUAUUGGCAUGGCCAAAGGAUGCAUCUAGAAGAACUGUUAGAAGGUGAUCUAACGCCAAAAAAACUCCCUUCGCAAUGGCUGUCUUCUACCCAUUUUGUUUUUCAAUCUGACGAUGGAAGUCUGUCCAUUUUAGAUACCAGUAAAAAUUUUAGCGUUACAGUUUUGGUUACCAAUAAUACCUUAAGACAACUCAACGUUAAAGGAUAUCAGUGCUCAAAGGAUCUCAGCUACGUCCUCUUCCAACAUAACCUCAAAUCAGUAUUCAGACAAUCCUUCACAGCCCACUACACAAUCUACGACGUCAGUAAAGACCACUACAAAACAUUUAAAAUUUCGGAUAGAGUUUUUCAAGAAACGGAGUCACGGAAAAGUCACCAUAUUCCAGUUCGGUUAGAGUCUUCGCCUAAAGCACAGCCUGAGCGUCUUCAGUAUGCUUCGUGGCUGGGUGACACCACUUCGUUAUUGAUUGUAUUCAACAACGACAUUUACCAUAGAAAAUCACCGACCGAAGAAUUCGACACAAGAAUAACGUUCACCGGUCAUUCUGAUAUUAUCUAUAACGGGAUACCUGAUUGGUUAUACCAAGAGGAUAUCUUACAAAGUCCAGAGGCCUUGUGGAGUUCCUACGACGGAACUCAUUUAAUGUAUGCUACUUUCAACGACAGUCAAGUGGGAACCAUGAACUUUCCAUGGUUUCAGUUCCAAACUGGAUCCGUUUUAGGAUCGCCGGGGGUCUACCAAAGAGCCCCAAACUUUCCCUCUUCUAGAACACUAAGGUAUCCAACGCCUGGGACGCCUAUACCCUCAGUACAACUGUGGAUUGUAGAUAUUUCUAAUUUAACUUCGUUAGAGUAUCAUCUUGUUCAACCACCAAAAGCCUUACAAAGACAGGACUACUAUUUAACAUCGGCGGGUUGGAUAGGCCAAAACAAUACGCAAGUGGCUGUCGUAUGGAUAAACAGAGCGCAGAAUCUGAGCAUAGUUUCGGCGUGUUUGGCACCAAACUGGACGUGUGUCGAGACACACACAGAACGUGCUGCGGACAAAGCGUGGUUGGAAAUCCAGGAGCAUCCUGUAUUUUCUCCGGACGGUGACAGUUACUUAUUGCUGGCGCCGGUGCAGGAGGGAAGCAGGGAGACCUACACCCACAUUAAACACAUAACUGUCACGCAGCAACGUAUAGCAGUGCUGAGUCACGGACGUCACGAAGUGACGAAAAUUCUUUCUUGGGACUCCGUUAGCCAUCUUAUUUAUUAUCUAGCUACGGAGGAAAAUCGUCCAGGCCAACGACAUCUCUACGUCGUCCGAGACCCUAGCACUGACGAUCCACGUCGACUUGAGUCACACUGUAUUACGUGUGAUCUGGGGGACGUCCUCUGGAGUAGUCGUUUCCUCUACCGAAACUGCACUCACUUUAGUGCUCAGGUGAGUCCUCGUCUGGACGACUCCAAUGCCUCAUACUACGUCCUUCACUGCGAAGGACCAGGGCUUCCAUUAGCUGCUGCGCACAACGCCAGCACGCACAAACUCCUCAAAAUCUUAUACGACAGCAGGGCGUCGAAAUGGCCUCUGUUGGAGAAGUUAGCCAUGCCCAAGAAGAAAUCUUUAGAGGUGCCUUUGCCGCAGGGCAGCAGAGCGCAAGUACAGCUCCUGUUGCCGCCUUCAUGGAGAGAGGAACUCAGGGAUGCCGCCUAUCCAGUUCUAGUUGAAGUUAAUGGUAGGCCAGGCAGCAAAUCGGUGACGGAAGAGUUCCAAGUGGAUUGGGGAACUUAUAUGUCUAGUCAUUGUGAUGUAGUUUACAUUAAACUGGAUGUCAGAGGUGCCAGAGGUCAAUCCGACCGCUCGAUAUACCAUCAACUUGGUGGUGUGGAAGUCCAGGAUCAGGUAACUGUGUUAGAACAUCUACUAGAAAAGCAUAAAUACCUGGACAAAACUCGAAUAGGCAUUUGGGGAUGGGGUUAUGGCGGCUACGUUACAGCAAUGGUCCUCGGCUUGGGCAAUCAACAAAAAGUGUACAAAUGUGGUAUAUCAGUCAGUCCCAUUUCUGACUGGCUAUUCUACAAUGCCGCUUUUACGGAACGAAUAAUGGGCCUACCCAACGAAAAUUACAAAGGGUAUGUCGAGGCCGACGCCACCCAGAGAGCUCGAAACAUUCCCAAACGAUCCUUCUUCCUAAUUCACGGCAUGGCCGAUCUCACAGCACCUUAUCAGCAUGGGGUGAUGCUUGCCAGUGCCCUCACCGAGGCGAGGGUCCUCUAUAGAUAUCAAAGUUAUGCCGACGAAGGGCAUCUAUUAGAAGGCGUGAUAGAACACGUCUACAAUUCUAUGCAGAAUUUUUUUGAAGAGUGCCUUAACCUCGACACCGACGAAAAAGCCAAAGAGCGAGAAGAGAAGAAAGAAAAGGAGGAAAAUGAGUAACGCACGAGCGGACGGAGUUAACAAAGAGGGCGAUGCCGAUAUCACUAUUGAAGACUGCAGACUGAGAUCGCCUCUGGCUCAGUGAAUUAGUCCGAUGGGUUCAGGAGUGGUCAGAGAGGCGGUCGUUCGUUUCGUAAGACGUAGUAGGAUUGAUAGUAUUCUCUACUCCUCGGGCAGGUCUUACUAAAGUACCUUACAAGUUAGAAAUUUGGUUAAUUUCUUAUUUUAAAUUUGAAUUGAACUAAGAAAUUGGCACUCAAUGUUUAUUGCUAUUAAAAAGUGAAAAAUUAAUUUUU